UGUUCCGUGGUUUCCUUCUUACUACUUUUAAAUUUCAGGUUCGCAUAAUUGCUGCCCAGGCUCUUACAACUAUUGCAAUUCGAUCUGGUGAGCCUUAUAGGUUACAGAUCUAUGAAUUUUUACAUGCCUUAGCCCAGGGUGGUGUACAGUCUCAAUUCUCAGACAUGCAUAUAAGCAAUGGAGAGGACCAGGGAGCCAGUGGCACUGGCCUUGGAUCUUUAAUCAGCCCUAUGUUGAAGGUCCUUGAUGAAAUGUAUUCUGCGCAGGAUGAAUUGAUAAAAGAGAUGCGUAACCAUGAUAAUGCAAAAAAAGAAUGGACUGACGAGGAGCUAAAGAAAUUGUAUGAAACUCAUGAGAGGCUCUUGGAUCUCGUUUCUCUGUUUUGUUAUGUUCCAAGAUCAAAGUAUCUUCCUUUAGGGCCAACGAGCGCAAAGCUAAUCGAUGUCUACCGCACUCGGCAUAAUAUAAGUGCGUCAACUGGACUCAGCGAUCCCGCUGUAGCCACGGGUAUCUCCGAUCUUAUGUAUGAAACUACCAAAGCACAAGCUGCUGAGCCUGAAACAAUUGAUGAUGACCUUGUGAACUUCUGGGCUGCAAAUCUGGGUGAUGAUAGCUUAAAUAAUGCACCUGCAAUUAACAGGGUUAAUGAGUUUCUUGCUGGUGCUGGUACUGAUGCUCCUGAUGUUGAGGAGGAGAACAUUAUUUCUAGACCCUCCAUGAGUUAUGAUGAUAUGUGGGCAAAGACUCUCCUAGAAUCUUCGGAGAUGGAGGAAGACGAUGGACGAUCAUCGGGAUCUUCCUCCCCAGACUCAGUAGGGUCAGUUGAGACAUCCAUAUCAUCGCACUUUGGUGGAAUGAACUAUCCAUCGUUAUUCAGUUCUAAGCCAUCUACUUAUGGGACUUCACAAUCCAAGGGGAAAUCUGGUGGGAGCCGAUAUAAGAAUAAUUCCUACAGUGGCUCCUCAUACGAUGGUCUGGGAUCCCCGAUAAGAGAAGAGCCUCCACCAUAUUCAUCACCUACUAGAGAAAGAUACGAGUCGUUUGAGAAUCCCUUGGCUAGCUCUGGUUCUCACAGUUUUGGAUCCCAUGAAGAAGAGCGAGUCUCUUCAGGCAACCCACAGUCUGGUACAGCACUUUACGACUUCACUGCUGGUGGAGAUGAUGAGCUGAAUUUGAUAGCGGGGGAAGAAGUGGAAAUUGAGUAUGAAGUAGAUGGCUGGUUCUAUGUCAAGAAAAAACGUCCUGGCAGAGAUGGGAAAAUGGCUGGCCUUGUCCCAGUACUCUAUGUCAGUCAAUCUUGAAGGCACAGAGCUAUAUAUUACCAUAAAAUCCAGUUAGUAAAUUUUUGUUCUUCACUAAUUGUUGGAGCAACUUUGGCGUGUAAAGUUUCCUAUCACUAUGCACUGCUCGAUGGGUUCCACUAUAAUCAUCUGAAUUCCAUGGAGCAUGAGUUCUGGAACAUAUGCUGCAUGCAUUUAUCAGAUCCUUACGUUGCCGUAGCAGAUGGUCCAAUGGAUAUAACUUAUGCUUGGUAGGGGAAGUCAUUUGGAGGUAAUUACUACAGCUUCUGCUGAUUCUAGGUUUGUGCCACAUUCCUUAAGAUAUUUGGCAUUGUAUUUUGUUCGUGCUUAAGAGCCACUUUUGCAUCUAGCAAGAACUGUUCUGGGACAGUAGUAGUACUCUUUUUGAGUGUAAGUAUCUUGAAUUUUUUCCCGGUUGUGUAUGGUGUCUUGUUAUGGAGAUUGGAAGCAUGGUUUGUAGUUCAUUCUUGUAUAUGGUGCUGGUUCUUGAUUUCUGUAGCCUCGAUAUGAAAGUUCAUAUCAUGUAUACUUAGCUGAUAUUUAGGAGUUAUUUUGCUCGGGACUUGCAGAUUCUAUGAUGUGAUUUGAUCCUGUUAUGUGAGUUGAUUGGCAAAUUACAAAUUUUGACUACAUUGACAGGCAAACAUGUAUUUACAAAUUUUGAUUCCAUUGACAGGCAAACAUGUAUUGUGAUA